GUCAGCCGCAGCGCAAGCUCGACGAAUGAAUUGCGUCAUAUCGUCCCCCACGCGGGGUGCUACAUGGUUAUCUAAUCAAUGGCUCGAAUGCUUAUGUGCCUUAACUUAUGUAUGCACAGCACCAAUUCUGGACAAUGGCAUUUCAAUUCCGUCCAUGAAAUAUCGCCGAUACCGCGCCCUGCGCCUUUUGUCAACAUUCCGAAUCCGGUGCUCGCCGUGACCCAUUAAUAAGAGCAGGCGGUACUCAAGCCGUCCCUGGCCGACAAGAGCGAUUUUACUUGCAUGUCACAUCUCCCAACACACUGCACUCCUCCAUACGCUCUGGUCAGCCAUGCGUGAGAACGGGAGCGGAAGUACGCCUCAGCGCGACGAUGAGGAACAGCAACAGCACGUAGAGAGCGACGAACGCACGCCCUUGCUCAAGUCAACCGCCUCCAAUGGACACCAACAACCCGCCACCGACUCCCCCGCUGUCAAUGGCGUCGCAGGCGAGCCACAUCAUGAGGAGACGACAAUUGUUGCCGAGGAGGUGUCGUUCACGCGGCUGGCGCUCAUCAUGGGCACCGCGUACUUUGGCGUCUUCCUGGGCGCCAUCGACUCCACCAUUAUCGCGACGCUCUCGGCGCCCAUCUCGAGCGAAUUCCACUCCCUCAGCCUGCUCUCGUGGCUCGCCACCGCCUACCUCAUCUCCAAUGCCGCGUGCCAGCCCAUUUCCGGCCGCCUGACGGACAUCUUCGGACGCGGGCCGGGCCUCGUCUUCAGCAACAUCUUCUUCGCCGCCGGCAACCUCAUCUGCGGCCUGGCCCAGGACCAGUACGUCAUGAUCCUCGGCCGCGUCGUCGCCGGCAUCGGAGGCGGCGGCCUCAUGAGCAUCUCGACCUUCCUGGGCUCCGACUUGAUUCCUCUGCGCAAGAGAGGCAUUGCCCAGGGCAUCGGCAACAUCUGCUACGGUUCCGGGGCGAUGCUGGGUGGUGUCUUUGGCGGACUGGUCAACGACCACACCAAAAUGGGCUGGAGGCUGGCCUUCCUCAUUCAGGUCCCGCCCGUACUUCUCUCUGCCGUCGCCGUUGCGUUCCUGGUCAAGGUGCCUCCGAAGCAGUCGGACAAGUCGUUCCUCUCCCGCAUCGACUUCCUCGGCGUGUUCUUGACCUCUUCGUUCCUCGUGUUGCUGCUGCUGGGUCUGAACUCCGGCGGCAACUUGGUUCCUUGGACGCACCCCCUCCCGCUCACGACGAUCCCUCUGUCUGUCGUCAUAUUUGCUGCCUUUUUCUUCUGGGAGAGCAGAGUUCGCCAACCCAUCAUCCCGGUCCGCUUGCUCCUUGAUCACACGGUUUUGGCCGCCUGCCUCUGCAACCUUCUCUGCACCAUGGUUGUCAUGGCAGGUCUCUUUUACGUUCCUCUCUAUCUCCAAGUCCUCGGCAGCAGCGCUACCAAGGCAGGAGUGCAACUCCUGCCGUCCCCGAUUGGUGUCUCGGUCGGCUCCAUGUCUGCGGGCUUCAUCAUGACAAAGACAGGAAGAUACGUGAAACUAGGCAUCUCUAGCUUGGUGGUAUUAGUGAUCGGUGUCGGUCUGUUUACGGCACAGAACGAACACAGUCCGGUCUGGUUGCCUUCGACGGCAUUCUUCUUCGUGGGAAGUGGCUACGGAGCUAUGCUCACGACGACGCUACUGGCUUGCAUUGCCGCCGUUGAUCACUCGCAGCAAGCUGUCAUCACAUCUGCUACUUACCUCGCCCGAAGCCUUGGCGGUACCGUGGGCAUUACUAUCGGGUCUGCUGUGUACCAGAACAUCCUCAAAGCCCAGCUGUGGGCGAGGUUCGGCGAUGAGCCAAAUGCUGCCGAGGAGAUUGGCCGAAUCCGAGAUGACCUUGACGAGCUAAAGCACCUCCCCGACGGCUGGUACGACGGUGUCAUUUUAUCGUUCAUGGCGGCGUUCCGGGGUGUUUGGGUCACCCUUCUUUGCAUUUCCGUCGCUGCCCUCAUUUGCGUCUCGUUUAUGAGGCAGCACACCCUGCAUUCGACUCUCGAGAGACGUUGAGCUUGUCCACCAAAUUUCAUUUAUGUUUGGCUAGGGAUACACUAGAUUGCCGCUGCAGGGGCAGUAGAGUUGGGAACAAGAACCUCAUUUCCAGCGGAGUCGUAGAUUGGAUUUGGACAAAACAACGGGAAAGAGUAGACGGAAUAUAAUAUAUUUGUACGAACAAAUAACAAUAAACAUGAACAAAAGCCAUUGUAUUUUA